CUCGUUCCUGAAGCUGGAAAGUGAAACUGAGAAAACCAUUUAGAAUGCGUGAUCCUGCUUGUAGCUGGAAGGUUAACAUUAUCACAGGUUUGUAAAAUUACUUUCAUCAUUAUAACCUAUGUGUGCUAUUACCUCGACCAAUCGGAUGGCACGCAUGUAGGGUGGUCGGCAAAAGAAUGAAUGAGAAUUGAGUACAGAUUAUUAUUAUAACUUUCUCAAAAAAGGGGUGACGACGAAUUAAAAAAACAGAAAAAGUUUGAAUACCACUGACUUAAGUUUGCAUCUAAAUUUCACCCGAAGUUGCACCAACCCUGACUGAGAAUUUGACUGAAGCCCAAAGCGGUUAAACCCAAAGCAAACGAAGAUGGCACCAGAAUUAAACUUGUCUCCACCAACCAAAUUUCUGCUGGUACCCGGUGAGCCGCAGGCGCCUUGGAAUGACUGGAUAGAAUAUUUUGAGUUGUACAUAAGAGGCUCGCCAGAGGAAGAGAAGAUAGCACUGUUAAACAUUUACCUUGGGAAGGAGGGACUGCGCAUCUUAAAUACUUUGACAACGAUUGAAACAUAUGCAGCAAUGAUUGAUGCCCUCAAUGCUUACUUCAGCAAUGCUCAGGAGCCUCGGGACUGUCAGGAGCCUCAGGACUGUCAGGAGCCGCAAGACUGUCAUGAGCCUCAAGUCUGUCAGGAGCCUCAAGACUGUCAGGAGCCUCAAGACUGUCAGGAGCCUCAAGACUGUCAGGAGCCUCAAGACUGUCAGGAGCCUCAAGACUGUCAGGAGCCUCAGGACCCGGAUGAUUCACAAAGAAUCAAACAGAACAGAAAAAGGAUGAUCAUUACAGGAGCAGCAGCAACAAUGGGUGCAGUUGCAGCAGUGGUGGGGGCACCAGUAGCCCUGGGAGUGGCAGGUUUGACUACUGUUGGGGUUGCUGCUGGAGCAACUGCAGGGGGCGCCGCAAUAGGAACGGGUACAAUUGCUGCAGCAGCAACAGCAACAGUGGGAGCAGUUGCGGCAGUGGCAAUGGCACCAGUUGUCCUAGGAGCGAUAGGAUUCACUGCUGGUGGGAUUGCUGCUGGAUCAUAUGCUGCAAGCAUGAUGUCUGCAGCGGCCGUGGUAAAUGGAGGUGGGGUAGCAGCAGGAGGUCUUGUUGCUGCUCUACAGACGGCAGGUGCUGCAGGGCUUUCAGGAGCGGCUACAGCAGCGGUGGGAGGUGCUGGAGCUGCGAUUAGUGGAGCCUUGGGAUGGGUGGCCGCAGGAGCAGGGUUCUCAGGAGCGGCAGCAGCUACUACAGCAGCUACGGCAGGUGCUGCAGGGCUCUCUGCAACGGCUACAGCAGCCGCGGGAGGUGUUGGAGCAGCAGUUGGGGGAACAGCAGGAUGGCUGGCCUCAAGGACUUGGACACCUGAAAAGGAGGAAGGAAAGGAGACAGAAGCAACUACAGCAGCUGCUGCAGGAGGUGCUGCAGGGCGUUCAGGAGAGUCUACAGAGGCUGUGGGAGGUGUUAGAGCAGCAGUUGUUGGAGCGUCUGAAGGGGAGGGAGGAGUCGAGGAGAGAGAGCUUUCAGGAACGACUACAGCAGCUGCAGAAGGUGCUGCAGGGCUUUCAGGAGAGGCUACAGAGGCUGUGGGAGGUGUUAGAGCAGCAGUUGGUGGAGCGGCAGGAUGGCUGUUCUCAACAAUCAGGACGUCUAAAAAGGAGGGAGGAGAGUAAAGAGGGAAGAGAAGAGAUCCCGGAAGAGGGCCUUAAAAAAAAAAAAAAACAUAUUGAUACUGCAACAUUCAUGAAAGUGUUUUGAAAGAUUUCAUAAUGGUGUUAUGAGUGCAUGUGUAUACCCCCUUUGGUGUUGCCAAACAUACAUAUAUAUCCACUCAACAUGUGGUUAGAGCGUUGGGCCAGUAACCGAGCGGUUGCUGGAUCGAAUCCCCAAAAGAAGUCGUUCUGCCGGUGAGCAAGGUAGUUAACCCAGUUCCCCGGGCGCCAAAGACGUGGAUGUUGAUUUAGGCAGCCCCCCUGCACCUCUCUGAUUCAGAGGGGUUGGGUUAAAAGCGGAAGACACAUUUCAGUUGAAGGUAUUCAGUUGUACAACCUACUAGAUAUCCCCCUUUCCCCUUUACAAACAGACGCAUGCACAUCCACUCAGAGGAACACAUAGGCAUGUGACACACAUACUUUCAAAAUAAAACUCUAUUGUAUACUGGAAAAAGUGUUUUGUUAGUUGUCACCGUAACAGCCCUAUGACAUACCAAACACAGAGCCGGUGUGUAAAGCACUUUGCAGGUGUGGUUCCCUUGCGCAUUCUGGAUAAAUGCAAUUUAAUCACUGAAAACCCUGACCAACAGAUUUUGCAGUGUUCUCAUUCAAUAGGGUUUUCAGAUUAUUUAUCUAAAGCCAUCCUUUUUAAAUUUGGUGUAAAGUACCUUUAAUUCAAAUUUUCUCAACAGACUCACUGUACUAUAUGGAAAGAAUUUUCAGAAUAUUAGAGAUCAAUGAAAUAAUCCCAUUUAAAUAUACGCAUAAUCGUCUCCUUUCAGCACCAAUUUAAAAAUACUCUGAUCCUGUGUACUGUAUUAUUUAGGGUUUGGAAAUAAUUGAUAAAAAAAAAAAGGUUUGGAAAGCCUUUACACACGGACUGCAUUGGUGAAUAAAAAAUAGUGGUUUGAUUGAUCCUGAAAUUUGACAAAUUUCAUUUUUCAACCCAUGAGAAAAGUGUACAACAGGGGUUGAACAGGAGUCCUAUAAAUCUACCCUAAUACUGUCACUAAUUACAGAUGACAACGGUCCAGUAGUCGUAAACCGUGCGCCAGACUCCAGGUUUUAUACUGCUAGGUAUGGUCUGCGUUCCAUAAAGAUUGAAAUAGGCUACAUGCCCUUAAUGAUUGCACAACAUGUAAUACGUCAGCGUAAUAUGAUCCACUAUUGCUAGCAAUACUAAAGAACAACCACACAAACGUGACAGAGGAAAGAUUUAACAAUGGAAUUAUGAGUGGCGUCUUUAGGCCUAGGUUUCCGGGGCUUCAUCCCAAGAGGUUUUUGUUCCAGAAAGAAAGUGUGUUUUUCUGACUAAACCACAUCUUUUGACAGUAACGCAGUGUCCCACUUUGGACUGAAGCUGAACUUUACAAUAUUAUAUUUAACCCUGUUUAAAAUGAACAAUGUUGAGGUGGUAGAACUGACCGAAUGAAAUGAAUUGUAGACAUAUUAUAACCUAUUCCAUUCUACAGGUUAACGUGCUUGGAUCAUGUCUGUUAUUUCCAUAUAGGCUAUGUAAAUACCUGCAAGUUAGCAUUUCAUUGCACUGUGUACUACAUGUGUAUAUGACGUAAACAAACUUGAAGUUUUUUUCCA